AUGAAAAAAAUUGCGUGUACGAAACUUGUAGGCCUACUUCAGAUCGAAUGAAGGGAGCUAACAAAAUCGAAACAUUGACACUUGUUGGAAAGAUUUGCAGAACUGAGGCGACACUAUUGCUAGCUCUGUCUCUGUUGUUUACCUUUAACUUUGACGUGUGUAGGACAACUAUGCUGUCAGUUAGAAAUUACACCAAAGUUGUCGGAUGCUACGCCUCUUCAGAUGAAAGCUUGGUAGUCAGCAAAUGUUUAGAGAGAAAGAUGGCGAUAAGUUUUCUGCACUGCAUCUCUCAGUGUAGCUCUUCCACAUCGUGCAAGGGAGUUGUGAAAGACAGAUUAGGUGGCUGCUACUUUUAUGCUGAGUGCGAAUAUAUAUACUUGGGGAACUGCAAACUGGAAGACCCCGUCACUAUAGCAGUUUACCUGGACAUUGUCAAUUUUACACAUGCAAGCGAAGGUGGAGAAACUACCAGCGCUACCAACAGCGGAACCCGCUGCAUUCCAGUAAGUUCUGGCACGAGCUGCGAAAGUGGUCCAAAGCUUUGCAACGACUCCAAUUCCACUGGCUUAUUUUGGAUCGAAGCGAGGCUCGCCAACUUGACUCAAGUCCUAUGCGAGGUGACCUCCUCAGGGGAAGUCAAAGUCUACGCCUUCAAAAAUGACGGAACAGCUGACCACAACAAGAGCUGGUCACUCUACUCCCAGGGAUACUACAUCAACGACAACAACUUUUGGCUGGGUCUGGAGAACAUGAGAUCUGUGAUCAGCAGCAACUUUACCAACAUGAAACUGGAACUGGUAUUUAACAGCAACGCAUAUAAUUUCAAUUGGGAUUACAGCGGAGUGGCCAUUUCAAACUCCUCCACACAUUACACACUCACCUAUGCCAAUUCGAAAGUCAACAGCAACUUCUGGAAUCUUCUGCUAAAGAACUGUCUAGUGUCGGGUAAGUCGUUUUCGACUAUCGAUAGCGACAAUGAUGAUGACAGUGACGACCUUGCCGCCCAAGGAAACUCUGGAUGGUGGUUUGAAGACACGGGCAUUUACAAUAUUUUAAUAUGCAACCCAAUGGGAAGACUGACGUCGACUUCCGGAAAGAUGACAUUUUUUGGAAUAGACGUGGAGAAAUAUGCCAAUAUGUUUACUUACGUAGGCAUGUACUUUUAUAAGUAACUAAUAACGCAAAAUACAAUAAUCAAAGGGAGAUAAAUAGUGUAUAAUUUCAAUACUGGUAUUAAUUUUUAUUCUUUAAUUUUUAUUCUUUUAUAAUUUUUUAAAAUCAACUAUUGUUCAAAUGUUUAUAGAAUUGAUUCUGACCAGUAAAUAAACAUUUUAAAUCAUAUUUCAUGUUUUGUUAUAGCGUUUCUUUAGAGAUGUAUAUUUAUUUGAAAGCGCACAGUCUAGCAAUAAAUGAACGUCUCAUGGAAGUAUAA